UCUUUCUAACCUGUACAGAGGUGCCAGCCGAGAGGUCACCACGAAGGAGAAGCAUAUCGGGAACCAGCACAUCGGACAAGGCCAGCUCCAUGGACCCUACCAAUACCUCUCCAUUUAAAGUCUCUGGUUUCUUCAGCAAACGUCUAAAAGGCUCAAUCAAGAGGACAAAGAGUCAGUCAAAGUUGGACAGAAACACGAGCUUUCGCCUUCCAUCGCUGCGUCCUGCAGAAACUGACAGGUCACGUGGGUUACCUAAACUGAAAGAAUCUCGUUCCCAUGAGUCCUUGCUUAGCCCAGGCAGUGCAGUGGAGGCUCUGGAUUUAGGGACAGAAGAUAAAAUCCUGGUGAAGCCACUACACAGCAGCAUAUUGGGCCAAGACUUUUGUUUUGAGGUCACUUACUCCAGCGGCAGCAAAUGUUUUAGCUGCUCAUCUGCAGCAGAGAGAGAUAAGUGGAUGGAAAAUCUGCGGAGAACUGUCCAACCUAACAAGGACAACUGCCGAAGGGCGGAAAAUGUACUGCGGCUGUGGAUUAUCGAGGCCAAAGACCUGGCCCCCAAAAAGAAGUAUUUCUGCGAGCUCUGCCUGGACGACACACUCUUUGCCCGUACCACAAGCAAAACAAAAGCAGACAAUAUCUUUUGGGGAGAGCACUUUGAAUUCUCUGGAUUGCCCCCUAUCCACAAUAUCACUGUGCACAUCUAUAAGGACGUAGAGAAGAAAAAGAAAAAGGAUAAGAACAAUUAUGUGGGCUUAGUGAACAUCCCAAUGGCAGUGUGACUGGCAGACAGUUUGUAGAGAAGUGGUAUCCUGUGAGCACACCUACCGCUAACAAAGGCAAAACUGGGGGACCUUCGAUACGUAUUAAAUCCCGCUAUCAGACAAUCACUAUCCUGCCUAUGGAGCAGUACAAAGAAUUUGCUGAAUUUAUUACAAUUAAUUAUACCAUGCUAUGUUCUGUGCUGGAGCCAGUGAUCAGUGUCCGCAAUAAGGAGGAGAUGGCCUGCGCGCUGGUCCAUAUCCUACAGAGCACUGGCAGAGCCAAGGACUUUCUAACUGAUCUGGUGAUGUCGGAGGUAGACAGGUGUGGUGACCACGAUGUCCUAAUCUUCAGGGAAAAUACACUGGCAACAAAAGCCAUUGAAGAAUAUUUGAAGUUAGUUGGGCAAAAAUACCUGCAUGACGCUCUUGGGGAGUUUAUCAAGGCUCUGUAUGAGUCAGACGAAAACUGUGAGGUUGAUCCCAGUAAAUGUUCAUCUAGCGAACUUGCCGAGCAUCAGAGUAACUUAAAGAUGUGCUGUGAGCUGGCUUUCUGUAAAAUCAUUAAUUCUUACUGUGUUUUCCCCCGGGAGUUGAAGGAGGUGUUUGCUUCUUGGAAACAGCAGUGUAUUAACCGGGGGAAGCAGGAUAUCAGUGAGAGACUGAUCAGUGCCUCCCUCUUCCUCCGAUUCCUGUGUCCAUCGAUCAUGUCUCCGAGUCUCUUUGGCCUCAUGCAAGAAUACCCUGAUGAUCGCACCUCCAGAACUCUGACUUUAAUUGCAAAGGUUAAUCCAGAAUCUGGCCAACUUUGCUAAAUUUGGUAAUAAGGAAGAAUACAUGGCCUUCAUGAAUGACUUUUUGGAGCACGAGUGGGGAGGAAUGAAACGCUUCCUGCAAGAAAUCUCCAAUCCAGACACUAUCUCUAACACUCCAGGCUUUGAAGGCUACAUUGACCUUGGCCGGGAACUUUCUGUGCUACAUUGUCUCCUAUGGGAAGUGGUGUCACAGUUAGAUAAGGCCACCGUGGAAAAACUGGGACCAUUGCCGCGCAUCCUUGCUGACAUCACCAAAUCUCUGACCAAUCCCACUCCCAUCCAGCAGCAGCUGCGACGGUUCAGUGAGCAUAGCUCCAGUCCAAAUGUAAGUGGAAGCCUCUCUUCCGGACUUCAGAAGAUUUUUGAGGAUCCUGCUGACAAUGACCUUCUUAAGCUGAAGUCUCCAACCAUUGAAACCCAAGACUACUUCAGGGGGAAGACGUUACUGCUUGUCCAACAGGCCUCUACCCAAAGCAUGUCUUACUCAGAUAAAGAUGAAAGAGAAAAUGUGCUUCCUAAUGGACGUAGUGUUUCCUUGAUGGACCUGCAAGACUCUACUGUGAAUCACAGUGAGCGUUCCUCUGUCGUUCAGGAGCCACCUUUGCGUUUAACUGGCAGCCAGUUGUCUAUUGCACACAUAGCCACCAUAAAGCAACUGCGAGACAGCCAGAGCACACCACAGAGUGCUCCUCAGGUCAGGAGACCCUUACACCCAGCUUUGAGUCAGCAGAACAGCUUGCAGCCACUGUCUUUCCAAAACCCUGUUUACCAUCUCAAUAACCCCCCACCCACCAUGCCCAAGGCUUCAGUGGACUCAAGCCUUGAAAACCUAAGCACUGCCAGCUCACGGAGCCAGAGCAACAGCGAAGAGUUUAUCCUUAGUGGACCCAGCAAUAGCAGCAUGGAAGACUUCACUAAAAGGAGUACACAAAGUGAGGACUUCAGCAGGCGGCACACUAUGCCUGAAAGGCCCAUUCCUAUAGCACUGCCACGCCAGAAUAGCACGGGGCAAGCCCAGAUCCGGAAGACUGACCAAGCAGCUCUGGGGGCUCGAGCCAAGGCCCCCCAGUCUUUGCCACACAGUGCCUCUAUACGUAGCACGGGCAGCAUGUCUGGUAUUUCUGCCACACUGCUAGCGGAGCCUGUUCAGAAUGGGAACCGGUCCAGACAACAAUCAACCUCUUCCCGUGAGAGUCCUGUUCCAAAGCUCCGAGCCGUUCAUCGCCAGCAAACACAGCAGGUACAGUCUCCAGUGGACUCAGCCACAAUGUCCCCGGUGGAAAGAACAGCAGCUUGGGUACUUAAUAAUGGUCAGUAUGAGGAUGAAGAGGAGGAAACCUUGGACCAAAACAAAGAUGAAGCCAAACCUGCUGAAAAGUAUGAACAAGAGAUUGCCAAGCUUAAAGAACGACUGAAGGUUUCCAGCCGUCGCCUGGAGGAAUAUGAGCGGCGCCUCCUGGUGCAGGAACAGCAGAUGCAGAAACUGUUGAUGGAGUACAAAUCUCGGUUGGAGGACAGUGAGGAGCGGCUGCGUCGGCAGCAGGAGGAAAAGGACAGCCAAAUGAAAAGUGUCAUCAGCAGGCUAAUAGCAGUAGAGGAGGAACUGAAGAAGGAUCAUGCAGAGAUGCAGGCUGUCAUCGAUGCAAAGCAAAAAAUCAUCGAUGCACAGGAGAAGAGGAUCAUGUCACUGGACGCAGCCAACACGCGACUGAUGAGCGCGCUGACACAAGUAAAGGAGCGCUAUAGCUCACAAGUGCGAAAUGGCAUCUCUCCAACCAAUCCUACCAAGUUAUCCAUCACAGAGAAUGGGGAGUUCAAAAACAGCAGUUGCUAA